AUUCCCCUAACGGGACGUCUCCUUACCACUCGACCUUAGGUAAUUUGCCCACAGGCACACGGCCGUUGACGUCGGCAAGAGAGCCCAAGCCCAGCUUCAAAGCCUUGUUUCCUGUUCCCACACGCGCCCUCGUCCCUCUCAGCCUUGCGGGACACACGAGCCAACCGGGAGACGAGCUGACGGAUCUCAGAGCGCGCGAAGCCAUCCCUAGCAGCUAGGUACAUCCGUCCGUCCACCCAUCCAUCCAUCCAUCUACAUAUCCCUCGAUAUUUCCCGCGCCCCAAGUUCCCCCUUCCAAUUCCGCCACCGCGUCCGCACCAAGCUGAAACGACGCGAGCAGCAGAACCCGAAUACCACCGACCCGACAGCCACCGCCAUGGCCGCGCCCACCAACACGCAGGACAAGUCCGCCGGCGACGCGAAGCCGGAGCAGCCGUCGUCGUCACAGCAGCAAAAGUCCGCCGCCGCGCUCGAGGAGGACGAUGAGUUCGAGGACUUCCCCGUCGAAGACUGGCCCGCGGAGGAGACCGAGGCCGCCGCCGUAGCGGCCGCGACCACAACGACGGGCGCCACGGGCGCCGACGGCACCGGCACCGCGACGCAGCACCUGUGGGAGGAGAGCUGGGACGACGACGACACGUCGGACGACUUCUCCGCGCAGCUGAGGGAAGAGCUCAGGCGCGUCGAGGCCGCGAAGAGGCGAUAGCUGGGCCCUCUCUCUUUUUCUCUGUAGAGAGCCGCGCACCCACGCACCCUUCCUCUCGUCCCGUUUCUUUCCGACUCUCCCUGCGUGUCUCCCUCUCGACGCGGCUCCAACUAUAUUGGCGCAGAUCCGCUCUACGGGACGAGUAACAACAACUAAAAACAAGAAAAAAAACCGCCACUCCGACCUGCGGAUGUUUACGGCAGAGGGAUGGGGCCAGGGUGGGGGAAAGCAAGAGAGCAUGGCCAAAAGAUAAGAGUUAUCGUACCGUAGCGGUCUGGCUUGAAUUGGGGGUGCGUCCGGCCGGUACGGCUGGGGCCGGAACAGGGAUAUGUUAAUCAAGGUAGACCCAAAGCAAAAGAAAAAGGAGACCAGAGACACGUAUUCGCGUGUCUCUUUUGGUGGCACGGAAUGGGAGUGGAGUUUCAUUUCAGUCGCCGAUGCCAAACAGCUGUUGUGCAUCGCAACCUCCGUAUGCUUGCUGCUCCUACCCCUAUUCCCAUAUGCUUUCUCCCUUCAUUUACCUAGGUUGGUGGGUAUAUGAAGAUCCAAGUGCCUGAAGGUUGGCAUGGUACCUACCUACGUAAGUCUUAGGCAAAGCAGCAAGACUCUGCACAUACGAAACCUAACGAAACCUGACAAAAACCAGCACAUCUAAACC